GAAAUUAUUUACUUCCCUGCUGUACAAAUCCCGAAUUAACUGUCCAGUUUACUGGAAAUCUUAAAGAUUUCAAAGAUAGUGACGUAGAAGAAUGGGUCCAACAAAUAUCGCCCUUCAAAUUCUUGCAUAUCCGUAAAAAACCAGAGGAUUUAGACGCCUCGAUUUUUUUUCAUGGAAUGGGAGAAGAAACAUAUUAUAAACCCGAUAAUAUAAAUAAAAAAAUUAAAUUUAGGGCGGCUAAGUAUUACAAAAAAUCCUCAAAGCAAGGAUUUAUUACGAUUCUCCCUCACAAUGAACCUGCUUUGGUUCCUCCCUACAACGAAUCUGCCCUGGUUCCCCCCUACAAUGAACCUGCCUCGGUUUUUCCCUACAACGAACCUGCCCUGGUUUCUCCUCUCAAUGAGCCUGUUCCAGGUUCUCCCUACAAUGAGCCUGCCUCGGGUUCUUCCCACAAUGAAUCUGCACUAAUUUCCCUUCGCGAUGAACCUGCUUUGGUUCAAAGACUUGUCCUGGUUCCAGAUACCCUAAUUCAUGAAUUGAUCAAUAGAAUGAAUGAACUUGAAAAAAGAACUGAGGCAUUAGAAGCACUUCAUAAUAACAAGAAAAGAAAAGUUAUUGUAAUAGAUGAUUAA